GGGCAGCGCGUCCGGCGCCGAGCGCUUCCGUGAGCUGAGCGGGGCUGCGCGGCUCGGGGGCGGGCCGCUGGCGUUUGGCUGCGAGGACACGCGACGCCGCGGAGCCGGUCCUUCUCCGUGCCGGCCCCCGGGCGUGUGGUGGAGGAGACCGUGCGGUGCCGGGGUGUCGGGACGGGACUUGCAGGUGCCAACCCGAGGCUUCGCUGCGUGUCGGCGUCACCAGCUGUCGCCGCCGGAGCCCGGCUGCCCCGCGUUCUCCCAGAGGGGCAAACAUGAACGUUGGCGUGGCCCACAGCGAGGUGAACCCCAACACCCGGGUCAUGAACAGCCGGGGGAUAUGGCUGACCUACGCCCUGGGCGUGGGCUUGCUUCACAUCGUCUUGCUCAGCAUCCCCUUCUUCAGCGUUCCCGUGGCCUGGACCUUGACAAAUGUUAUACACAACCUGGGGAUGUAUGUGUUUCUGCACGCUGUGAAAGGAACACCUUUCGAAACUCCUGACCAGGGCAGAGCAAGGCUCCUAACUCACUGGGAACAACUGGACUAUGGAGUACAGUUUACGUCUUCACGGAAGUUCUUCACAAUUUCUCCAAUAAUUCUAUAUUUUCUGGCAAGUUUCUAUACGAAGUAUGACCCAACUCACUUCAUGCUGAACACAGCUUCUCUCCUGAGUGUGCUGAUUCCCAAAGUGCCACAGCUACAUGGUGUUCGGAUUUUUGGAAUUAACAAGUAUUGAAAGGCUUUGGAACUGAAGGAAAGCGUUUACAGCUGCUGAGUUGCCUGUAAGGAAGGAGUGGUCAGUAAACUGCUCCCAUGAUAGUGUGAAAUGAGAGGUGUUUACGUUGGAGAGCCUAGUGCUGGUUCUUCAUAUGCUGUGUGAAGUGCACAUUCUUACGGGAGGAUGCCUGUGCUUAAUGCACCUGGUACCUUUCUCAAGAGAGGCUUUAGAGGGAGGCUGGGCAGGCCCAGCUUGUAAGUUAAAUGGCUAUAAAAUGAGGGUGUAGUAGAUACUAAGACCAGCUUAGUUUAUAAUGAAUGGGCAUUACGUUAGGAGAAGAAACUUUCCAAUCAUUCCGCUAUGGUCAGUUUAAGCCAACUUACAUGUACACCAAAAUCAUCUCUUUACAAGUCUAAUGUAGAUUGUUUUUAUUGCCAUAUAUAUUCCUCUUGUGCUGUAUAAGAGGAUAUAAGCCAAUUCCUACCUUGUACUUUUUUCCCCCUCAUUUUGCUGGCUCAACACUGUGUGUUGAGGGAUGAGAUCAUUUUCACAUUGAUUUAAGUUACUGAGUUCACGAAGGUCCAUGUUCAAGACUGACUGGCGAUAGAAGAUAGUUAGGCAUCUUACAAACAGCCUCUGAGUCAGCCUUCUAAUUUUGAAACAAAAUGGGGUUUGCUUCCUUUGCAGACCCAAGGCUGCUAAACCAAUUAAAUAAAAUAAUUUAUUUCACAGUUAAACUAUAUUGUAACUUAAAAGUCUCUGCUUAUUUGAGCAAUCUAAUUAUUUAAUUCAUUCUUUAGAAAAGGAAAUACAAAAUGGACAGUUAUAUAGCCAACUUGUGGUUUGGCAGCAACUGCUUCUCUAGCACUAGUACCAAAGUAAUUAGUGGAGUCUUUUCCAGCAGGUCUGCAGUUAAAGAUAAUACCAUCUUUCCUUAGUCCUCCUGCUCUCAGUCCUCAUACUUUCCCCAAUAUUUGGACUUUCAGUACUUGAGUCUUCAUGUAGGUAACCCAAUAUGGUAACUAUUUCCAGAGCAGCAGCCAUACUGAAUUCUUGUGACUAGAGAAGCUCCCUAUAUUUGCUGACAUUAAUUGCAGGAAGUAACUAUAUACAACUUUGAGAAGUAAAUAUUUCCAAAAAACAGAUCUGAUAUGGGAUGAAACUGAAAACCCUAGGAACAUUUGUAAACAAAAUUGAAUGAAAAGUUAUAGACCAACUUAAAAUCAGUUUGUUUCAGUAAACUGACUUUUGGGGAUAAUUGUUUUAUAUUUCAAAAGUAUUGACUUUAGAAAUCAGCUGUAUGAUAAUGCCUCUGUAUAUUUGUCUUUUCCUGUGUAUUCUUUUUUUUCCGUAUAUUUUUAAAUACUUCAAUAAAAAUUUUCUUUGGUGUAGGAUUAUUGCAAAAUCUCCAAAUUCAGUCAUCAGUGUUAUACUGUUAUUUUUCAAGGUGUAUUUUCAGCAACUGAAUUUGUAAAAAUAAAAAGUUUAAAAUAGUA